UGGCAGCUCCAUAAGAAGAUUAUAUGCUUCAAGAAGAUCACUAGUCAUAAAGGGGAGGACAUUGCACAAGUGGUGCUGACGUGUUUGAAUGAGUGGGAUUUGAAGAAUGUACUUUGUUGCACAGUUGAUAAUGCUUCGGCUAAUGAUGCAGCUGUUUUCCAUAUGAGGGAGAAAUUUGAAGAAUGGGGGACAAGCAUCUCAGGGGGGAGAUACCUACACAUGCGUUGUGUAGCCCAUAUCACUAAUUUGGUUGUUUCUGAUGGCUUAGAUGAGAUUGGGGUAUCAGUGAGAAGGGUUAGAGAAGCUGUGAGGUGGAUUACUGCCUCGCCAUCUAGAGAAUAGACAUGGAAUAGAGCAACCAAGAGCAUGAACAUCCAGUGCAAGAGAUCACUAAGUCUUGAUGUACCAACAAGGUGGAACUCAACAUAUCUAAUGUUAGAGUCCGCUGAACCAUUCGAGAUUGCUUUUCCAGUUUAUGCAGGGAUGUUGCCUGCAUUUGAGACUGAGUUAAACAAAAUCAUGCACUGUGGUGAGGUUGUUGGUUCACCUGGACCGGAGGAUUGGGAAAAUGUGCGUUGGAUGAUGGAAUACUUGAAGAAGUUCUAUGAUUUGACUUGUCUUGUCUCUGGCACCUCGUAUGUGACAUCUCAUCUAUUCUUCAAAGAGAUGUGUGAUAUAUUUGAUCACAUAGCUAAUGUGGGAAAACAUCAAGAUCCUAAGGUUAGAUCAAUGGCCGUACGAAUGAGGUCAAAGGUUGCUAAGUAUUGGGAUGAGGAAGCAAUGGGUAACUACAGGAUGAACAAGAUCCUAUACAUAGCUGCGGCUUUGGAUCCACGACAAAAACUGAAGCAUGUCCAAAAAUGUUUGAAGAAAGUGUACGGAGUGGAAAGGGCGGCUUCGAUGGUGGCCGAAUUGAAAGGGUUGUUUUCUGAACUCUUUGAGUAUUACAAGAAUUUGUUGCUUCCACCUCGUCCAAGGAUGAACUCCAACUCUCAAGACUCUUCUACACAUUCUCGAAGUCAGGCUACGGUUAAUAUUGAUGUUAGAAGGCUAUCAAAUCGUGGUUCAUGUAGUGCUAUAGAAGAUAGUGAUGAGGAAGGAGACGACAAUGAUGUUUCUGAUUUGACACUCUAUUUGACUGAGAGUCAAUUCAAGGAGAAGCAACAAGAAGAUAAUGGUUCGGUUGUGGACUCCUUCGAUAUUCUUAAGUGGUGGUCAACUCAUGGUUUGCGAUUUCCUGUUUUGGCUGAAAUUGCUCGGGAUGUAUUGGCCAUCCCAAUAUCAACUGUUGCUUCCGAGUCGGCUUUUAGCACAGGAGGAAGGGUUCUAAACGAGUUUAGAAGUUCUUUGGCUCCCUAGAUGGUUGAGGCUUUGAUUUGUGGUGCUGAUUGAUUGAGAAGAACAACAAUAUAAUUUUAAUCGAUGA